CUAUAAUACAAGCCUUCUACACCAAGACCAUUCAGUAUCCAUCUUCUGAUCUUACUUCACUCAUCAACGUUAAUUUCUCUCUACUCUUUAGUCUUUACGCUUCUCUCUUGUAUUUCUUUAAUAACCAUUUGUAGCAAAAAGACGUUGGAAGCGGUAGUCUUUUUAUUCAAUCUUACUGGAGGAGCUUCUUUGGAUUUUGUUUCUGUCAAUAUUAUCUUCAAGUUCUUCUCUCCGCUACUCAUAAAUUACCAUCCAAUAGUGCUUUGAAAUAACAAAAAAAAAAAAAUGGGAGUUGAAGGCACUUUGGAAUAUCUUUCUGAUUUACUAAGCAGUGUAAAAAGGAAGAGGAAGAAGAAGCAAACACAGACAGUAGCACUUAAAAUAAGGAUGGAUUGUGAAGGCUGUGCGCGGAAGGUCAAGGGUGUUCUCUCUUCAGUAAAAGGAGCAAAAUCCGUGGAUGUGGACUUGAAACAACAGAAGGCGACUGUAAUCGGACGCGUUGAUGCAAAGAAAGUAUUGGCAGCGGCUAAGUCAACGAAGAAGAAGGUGGAGAUGUGGCCUUACGUACCCUAUAGUCUUGUGGCAAAUCCAUACGUUUCUCAGUCUUAUGACAAGAAGGCGCCUGCUAAUCACGUGAGGGCCGUUCCACCCACAGCCACCAUCACCGAGACCACUAUGGACGAAAAUUACACCUCCAUGUUCAGUGAUGACAACCCUAAUGCUUGUUCAAUCAUGUGAAUAUGUAAUAGAUAUACACAUGUAUUUACACCCAAAAAUAAAUAAAAAAAAUCUAGUAAUUGUGAGCAAAUAGUUGAUACAAAUACAAUGGCCAAAUUAUGAUGAUUUUUAUUUAUUUUUAAA